GGGGACAUGCCCGACCGGAGUCCAGGGCCCGCUGCCCUCGGGGCUAGGCCGCCCUCGUCUGCCGAAAAGAGGCCGAGCGGGACAGGGAGCUGGCGGUCUUCCUGCUGUCGCAGUUCGCGCUGCUGGUGUGCGUGGGCGCCCUGGUGCCCAUUCUGCCGCUCUACGGCCAGAAGUUCGGCCUGUCCCAGAAGCUCCGUUGGCCUGCUGGUCUCCUCCCCCAGCCGUCGCGAAGCUGCUGCUGAACCUGCCCAUGGGCCGCCUCGCGGACGAGGUCGGCCGCAAGCUGCUCAUGGUGGGCGGCAUGGCGGUCUGCGCUGUGGCCGACGUAGGCACUGGCCUCGCCACGGGGCUGGUGCCCCUCGUCCUCUCCCGGCUGCUCCUCGGCGCCGGCAUCUCCAGCUCCGACACCGGCGCCGCGGCGUGGGUGGCGGAUGCCACCGAGGAGCGGCCCGAGCGGCGGGCCUCCUUUCUCGGGCUGCAGAGCGCCGUGCUGGCGGCCGCGUUCGUGCUGGGGCCCACGCUGGGGGGCAUGGUCUCAGACCAGUACGGCAUGAGCUCGCUCUUCUUCACGGUCGCUGGCGGGGCCUCGCUCUGCGCCCUGGGCUACGCCACGCUGCCGGAGCUGUGGCAGGCGUCGGAGCGCCGCGAGCAGCCGCCCAGCUUCCAGGAGCUGAUAGAGACCCGCGAGCAGAGGGCGCUGGCGGGCAUCUCGGUGGCCUUCUACUGCGGGACCGCCUGCAAGAUCUCGCUCAUCCCCAGCGUGGCCAACGAGGCCUUCGGCGCCUCCCCCACGGAGGUCGGCCAGCUCUUCUCGGCGAUCGCGGCGCUGGCCAUCGUCGGCACCCUGGUGGGCGGGCAGAUCGCGGACGCGUUCGGCCCCCGUAGGGUGCUCGUGGCCUGCGGCUCCGUGUGCGCCCUGGGCUACGUGGGCGCCGCCGCGGGCGUCGGCGCGCACAGCAGGGAGCUCUUCCUCGGCAGCCUGGCGGUCUGGGCGCUCGCGGCGGCCGUCAAGUCCCCCGCCCUCCAGGCCUACGCGAUCUCGGCCGCCCCGGAGGACUCGCGGGGAGCGGCGCUGAGCGUCCCCAAGACCGUCGGCGACCUCAGCUACGCCGUGGCGCCCUUUGCUCUCGGGGCCGCCGACGACCGGCUGGGGCCCGAGGCGGCCCUGGCGAUCUGCGCCGGCACCUUCGCGGCCGGGACGGCGUAUUUCGCUGCGCAGACGGCCACCGAGGACGACGCGCGCUAGGGCGGUGCUCGCCGCCGCCGCAGCUGCAGGAGUCGCCCCGGCGGAGCCACCCGGGCCGGAGCGCGCGCGCGCCGGGAGCAUGCCCAGGGAGCGGCGGACUUCGGAGGAGAGGAGCCAUGUUCGAACACCUUUGCAUUGUUCAGCUGCUGCGCGGCUGCGGUGGCAUCCAGGAGGCCUCUGUCCUUCCCUGUCGGCGGCGGGUCGGCGCGCGCGCGCGCCCCCUCAGCGUGGCGGCCUCUCUCGCGCGCGCGGGGGGGCCUGCGCGGCGGAAGGAGCGUCGCGCGCGGGCGCGCCCGC